AGCAUUCUAAAAACAGCUAUUUUGAAAUGUGAAAUGCUGGAAGCUAAAUGAAACACAGCAUUUGCCUAAAACAUUUUCAAAUGUUUCCUGGGAAUUAUACUGGAGUCCAAAUGAUGACCCUGCAAGAAAGGUCAAUGUUGUUAUCCUCGCGUUGCAGAAGGAAGAAGUAAGGCUGCGAAAGAAUGUGGUCACACUAUGGAUAUUCUGUGCAGGGGACUUCUCUAUUCAGUCAGCUCGCCACAAUGUUAUUCUAGUUCCAUCAUGCCAGCAACCAACCCAUAUUAAAUUGCUGUGACAAUGUGAUUCUAAACCAGACUUGUAAGCAGGGAUGAUCUCAGAACCCAAUUGUCAACAGCUUCCUGGAACCUUCUGGUCUCCUUCCUCUGAUUGGCUCUCACAACACAGAGUUCUGAGAGCUUUACUUCAGAAUGAAAGAAGACUUGACUCAAUACUCCACUCCUCGCCAGUAAGAGAAAGCUACAGUAAGUCCAUGUGUUCUUUGCCUGUUCAUCCUCUCCAUUCAUGUCCUGCAUAAGAUGAGGAGGCUGCCUACAGUUAGAUUCCAUAUCUAUCCAGUUCAGUGGUUAUUUAAAUGGUGUCACAAUCUAGGAGUCCAAGGUGAAGAUGGAAUUCCAUCAAAGAAAAGGAAGGAAGUAUCCAGCUUCUGCUUGAUCAUUUUCCAUAUUUGGACUUUAGCUAACCUAAUCUAGCACAAAAAUUAGCUACCGCCUCACGCCAACAGAUGACAUAAUCACUCCUGCUCUGAAAACAAAUCCUUGAAUUCCAGUGCCCUGUGCCUCUGCCCCCCCUACAAUCCAGGUGAUCUCUGUAGGAUAAAAUCCCAGGCAUGACUGUUAGACAUACUAACUAAAUGGAAGAGCCUCAAAACUUAUGGAUCUGUAUCUGUGAAACAGAUGGUAGGUCCAAAUGAAAAGAACUCUCUUACUUCUUGACAGGUGAGCCUUCUUUCUGGGCUCCUACACAAGAAACCAUGGAUGAAAUAGAGGAGGUAGACAAUGAAACAAUCAACACCCAGAUGAGUUCGGAGAAAACAACCAACAUCCGGGUGAGUUCGGAGGAAACAACCAACACCCGGGUGAGUUCAGAGGAAACAACCAACACCCGGGUGAGUUCAGAGGAAACAACCAACAUCCGGGUGUGUUCAGAGGAAACAAUCAACACCCGGGUGAGAUCGGAGGGAACAACCAGCACCUGGAUGAGUUUGGAGGGAACAACCAACACCCGGGUGAGAUCGGAGGAAACAACCAAUACCCGGGUGAGUUCAGAGGGAACAACCAACACCUGGGUGAGUUCAGAGGGAACAACCAACACUCAGGCGAGUUUGGAGGAAACACCCAAGACACAGGUGAGUCCUAUCAAUCCAAACUGAUGUGUAAAUGUUUUCCAGAUUCUUAUAGGUAGAACAACUCAUAAUACAUUUGGUUUGAAUUAGGCAUUCUUAGGGUAGUCCCAAUGUAGAAAGGAAAGAUAUUAUGGGUUGUUCUAAAUCUAUAUGAUUAAUAUGUUAGUUUGGUAUAAUAAAAACAAUUGAUAAAAUAAUUUAGCAUACCAGCUGGGUUUGAAGCCCGUUAAACUUAGUUACAUGACCUGGUUCCCUAGCACAAAAUACUGUUUUAAAGGCACAUUCUCCGUCUGCCAGAUUUAGGCAGCUGCAUGCUUCAUAAGAUUAUUCCCUAAAUGUUGCCCAGUUUAGAUCUGAAUCUUGUCCUUAUUCGCAUUGUAUUUAUGAAUAUUUCCAGGAAUGUGGUUGUCCAGAUUUAGUAAAAUCCUGUGAUGGAUAAAUUUAUUUCUUGGGAGGAUUAAGUUCAAAACUGAACCUCCCCCCACCCCUUGAGUAGUUUCAGUGUGAUGGGCCAAAACUGGUAAGAUGGCAGCUGGGUUUGGGGGGAAGUUCCAGGGCCCCUGGGAAUUUACAACCCUCAUUUCAAUGCUGAUACUGAAGUUAUUAAUGACACCCAUCCAUUUCUAAUCAGUGAUAUCUUGCAGCUGGGGCCUGUGACGGGUCUUCAUCUCCUGACUGGACUAUAAGAUUCCAGUUUCCCGACUCUUGGAUUGGUUGUGGAAUGAAAUGGGUACUAGAAAUUAAUUGUUAAUAUGCUGAUCAUGACUUGGUUUACUUCCAACAAGGCACCAGAAACAAUGUGCUCUCUGUAUUAAGAUGGAGAAGGAAUAUGUGGCAGGAGUAGUUAGAAGUACAUCCAUCACAGCUGCAGCAGGGAGUGCUAGUGUGCUCUGCCCACUAGCUGGAUGAGGAAGUGGUGGGAGCCAACCACCCAAGAUACCCUCCAGGGAGGGCACAGAAGAAGACAACUUAGAUCCCGGAUCCUGGUGGUGUGACACUGAAGAGCAGUCUGCAGAAGGGAUGAGCUAGGAGGUGCUAGAAGCAGGAGGUUUGAGUGAUCGAAGGGGGGUCAGGACAGGAGAAGGAGGCCCUUCCAGGACAGGGGGAGAGGCUGAGAGUCACAGUGUGUGAGCAGACUCGGACAGAGAGGAGUCAGAGGUUGACCCUGCUACACAGCAGCAGGACAGUCCCAGUCCUGCUGGCUCUCCUCCCACUCUGACACCCCUCUCAAGGAAAGUCCUGCACAUUGCUGAGCAGCAGGCCAGAAAGGCCCAGAGGAGGAGCUCAGCCUCUCUACAUAGCCUCUGUCUGCUUGGAAGGGAUCCAGACUGAUAGGCUAGAGGGGGAUGGGCAGAGCUAGUGGUCAGUUUCAGCUAUGUCUUUGCUGGAUUAAGGCAAACCAGAGGACUCUGCUGUGUGCCUUCUGUGUGUGUGCCUGCCUUGUGAUUGACCUGGCUCCCUGACAGCUCCUUGACACCCUGUCACCCUGCUUUCCAUGCACUGAGCGUGGACAUCAGAAAAGAAGCACAUACACUGUCAGGAAACUGAACUGCACAGAUAGUUCACUCAUGAUCUCGUGGAACAUCUACACAUGAGCAGCUGUUCUCAUGUAUCUGACCUUGUGCAGUUUCAUCACAGUACCUGCUUAUCCUUCCUGCAGGAGUCGUCAAAGUUGCUUAUUUGGGUCUCAGUUGCUUCCUGCCUCCUAUCACAGUGUGAUGGUUACAACAUGUGGCUACUCUACUCUCCAACUGUGGUAAGAUGGUGCUGCAGUGUAGCUGUGUUAUUAAAGCAGCAGUUAUUAUAGGGCUUUUGUACUGUUGAGGGCCACAUUCCACCUAGGGUAAUUUGAGGGGGGGGCACAUACUGGAAAUAGGGAUGGAAGGAUCUGCCUGUUUUGGUUCUCUCGGUUUCUCACACACCCCAGUCUUAAAUUUGGUCCCCCACAUUUCUGUAGCAAGAUGCUUAUUUUCUGUUUAAAAAUCUUCAUGAAUUUCCAGGCUGGUCAUCUGUGCCUUUUUAGGGUCAGAUAAGCAUGGAAUGCAAUGAUUCGGUGUUUACACAGUGUAGCAUAAGAGUUGCAAAAUGCAGAAACACAAGAAUCAAAUUAUUCAUUGGCACAUUGAUAUAUAAUCCUAUAUAGACUUCUGCAAUUAGUAUUGGAAAAAUACAUGGAACAUCUCAGGCAAGAAUCUAAUGUCAAAAUUUCUGUAUCAGUCGUGACCUUCCUGGGCACGCAUGUGGCAUGUGAAUAUGCACACACAUGGAUGCACAGUGAGAACGCACAGCAUCUCUUCCACUUCACCCCAUUUCCUUUCUAACUCCUCCACCAUAAUGUAACAACAACAACAACAACAACUUUAUCAUUUAUACCCCACCCAUCUUGCUGGGUUGUAAACACCACUGAAUUUGUUUCUGUUGCAGCUGAUCCAUAAUUCAUAAACUACACCCAUUUUGAGUCUUAGCAUUUUUAAAAAAAAUUCUUAAGUUUUGCAAAAGGGGGUUGUUAUGUUAUUAAUUCAAGCUGCUUCACAAGCAGGUACCCCAAACAUGCCUGAAUUAUUGAGAAGUUUGAUAAAUGACAGAAUGACAUAAAGGUGAGGACACCUUUUGUGAUUUCUGGGACAUCGCAUAUGCUCACCUUGUGCAAGAAACUAACUUUUUCACUGGGAAUGAGGCAGAGUCAUUCCUCAUCCCGACACUCCCACUGUCCAUCCAGCAUUGGCUGCAGCUCCCUGCCAAAAAUUUGCUGUUUUGUUUGUUUUUUAAACACAGGACAAAAGUCUUAAAGGAUCUACACUGGCUCCCAGUACGUUUCCGAGCACAAUUCAAAGUGUUGGUGCUGACCUUUAAAGCCUUCAGGGGCCUUGGCUGUGUAUACCUGAAGGAGCGUCUCCACCCCCAUCACUCAGCUUUGAGGGCCUUCUGGCAGUUCCCUCACUGCAAGAAGUGAAGCUACAGGGAACCAGUAGCAUUCCCCUACAUUCCCCAGUAGCAUCUAAUAAAAGAUAAAAUGCCCUGUGGAAUGCCCUCCCAUCAGAUGACAAGGAGAUAAAGGACUAUACAACUUUUAGAAGACAUCUGAAGGCAGCCCUGUAUCAGGAAGUUUUUAGUGUUUGAUGUCUUACUGUACUUUAGUUUGUUGGAUGCUGCCCAGAGUGGCUGGGGUAACCCAGUCAGAUGGGCAGCAUAUUGAUGAUGAUGCUAAUGAUGAUGGAAGCUUCCUCAUAGUGAGUCAGGCCAUUGGUACAUCUAGCUCAACAGUGUUCACACUAGCUAGUCAUGACUCUCCAGGGUUUCCGCCAGGUCUCAGCCUCUCAGCUUUUGCUGCCAUACACUCUGCAGAAAGGUCCUAAUGUUGAAUGUUAUGUGCUUCUCUCCUAGUUCCUGCAUGACUUGUAUAACACAACUAUGUUGGAAGAGCUUGGAAAUAGAGUAGAUUCUAAGCUGGUCCUGGCCACUAUCCCUGUGGCUUUAUUUCCAUUCGGAGCUAUCUGUGGGUCCUUUCCUGUUGCUUGGCUGAUGGAUAGAUUUGGCAGGUAUAGAUAUAACCCUUUAAGUGGUGAACUGCAUUUCCUAGCAUGCUGAGGGGAUGCGGGAAUGGGUGGUUGCUGCUGACCUACAUUCCCCAGUAGCAUCUAAUAAAAGAUAAAAUGCCAUCAGCUUUGUUAGUUUCAUUCCACCUGCCCAAGGCAUUCAACCAAAUGGAAUGGGAUUUCAAAGAAAGGCAAAGGGGAUGAUGUCAGAUAAUUUUCAUAUUUCACUAAACGUUUCAGGGAGUGUUGUAUAGCAGGGAGGAACAGAGUCCUGGAAUCUUAUCCGAUCACUUUUAGCUAGCUAAUUGAACUUCGUUUUAGGGUGGUGGGAACAUGCUCUCCAAACGCAUUAUAAUCCUAUAGACACAAAAUUAGUUGAAACCACAUUGGUAGGUUUAUCUUUCACUACACUAACACUACAGACAGAACAAUAUUUAAGUAUUCUUAUUAUUAAAAGGAAGUAGAUUGCACACAAUUUGGAUAACUGAGAUUUCGGAAGGGGUAAACAUUUCAUCCUGGAUUUGCAUAUCUUAAGAGUCACCUUUAGGGUAGUUACCCAAUCUAAAUUCUUUAACCAGAUCCCCACUAAAAGAACAACAUCCAUUGAAUUUCCCGUAUUGUGCAUUUGUUCAGUUUGUUUCUAGGCUUUUGCUGUGUUACUCAAUAUUAGGGGUAUAGCCUGCUUUUGACUGGUUAGCUUCACAAUAUAGUUUAAUUUAUCCAAGCACUUUUAAAACUGUUCUGUAUAGGUAAAUUUUCUUCACCCAAGCCUCUUUAGAUUCAAAUAUAAAUGUUUCAAAAAGUUUUUGCCAAGCAGCCAAAAUUUAGGGUGAUAUAGCCACGGGAAGAACUUGGAAAAGCUACAACUUAGGCAAUGUAACAACUUAGGCAGACAAGUUUUUUUUACAGAAACGUUUUUCUCAGUAUGGCAAGAUCAAAGGAAGUCAACCUUUCAAAAUCACUUUUCAUUAUUAUUAUUUUUAACCAGUGGGACAAAGCUGUCCAGAGAUUAUAGGAGCCCUGCUAGAAAUAGUUUCUUCAGGCUCAUGGUUCCCCAAACUUCCAAAUAUUGGAAGCUUUUAUAUCUAUGUGGGACUCUUCAUUGGAAUUAGAGUCUGAAUCUUGGGUGGGAUGUUGAAAAGCCUUAAAGUUGAUUUUGAUUAAUUUAUUUUAGCCCUGCUAUGUCCAUUCAGUUCCUGGUGUAAAUAAGGUGGUGUAUCUAAAGUAUCUGCUAGCAUCAGGACCAUGUUGUAAUCAGCAUUUAAGUUAGCCAGAUGUUCCUUACUUUUUAUUAUGAUGCUUUUAAUAUUUGGGUAGUUUCUAAGAACCUCCUCUAAUGGUUCCAGGUCCAAUACAAAAAUAAGGAAAACCCUGUUUAGCCAUGCUUGAGAUGUUUCGUGCGUCCCAGUCAUUUACUCUCAAAAUAUCAGUAGAGUUCUCCCGAUUUGAGAAAUGGAAUGAGUGAUGUGACAUCCCAAUUUCAGUCCAAACAGUUGAAGUCAUUGGCAUCUCCUCCCUCAACCCCGCCUGUUUUUUUCAGGAAAGGUGCUUUGAUGAUAGCUGACAUUUUGUACAUUAUUUGUUCUGUACUAUUGGGUCUCUCACACUUGAUAAGAACCUAUGGAUACAGCCUCUUUAUCAAUUUCUGCUUUGGAUUAUGUUCAGGUAAGUUGGAGUCCUGAAUUUAUUGGCUUGCCUUUUUGCAAAAAGAAAUCAUCCUGAAAUGCACAAGAUUCAUCUGAGCUGAUUUCAGGGACCGACUGCAUGAUGGGGGGGGGGGCACCAGCCAGGGAACCCCCAAGGGAAACCUCAGAGGAGGAAGUCUCAGAACCUGGGGAUUGGUGGUGGGACACCGAGGAGAGGUCAGAGGGAGAAGAGUGGGAGGAGUUGUUGGAUGCUGUAGGGGCAACAGGAUUUAGUGAGCAGGGAGAGCCUGUGACAAGGAGCAAUUCAGACUCAGUUGCUGAAGCAGAGAGGGGGCAAGAGGCUGCAGAAGAAUCCUGGGAGUCUUCCUGUCUUACUGUGACAAACUCCCCUCUCCCUUAGUCUCCAAGGACAUGAAGAACGAUGUGUGGGGUGGAUUAGAUUAGAGAUUAGAUCCCAAAGAUCUGGGAUGUGGUAAUUAUACUAAUCUACUCCAGUGGGAGGCAAAUAUUGUUGAUUUAUAUUUUCCACCCGCCCAUGCCAACAUAUUCAAUAGUAAACGAUGUUGAGAAUGGCAGUCAAAAUAUCAUUUGUGGAGUGUCAGGUUGGCUACUUUUCUUCUAACUUUUCUCUAGCCAUCGCAAUUAGUUUAAAUGAACAUAUUUAAUUCCAGUUCUGGAAGAUGAACAAUCUCUGGCUUUGGCAAGCAGCUAGGGAAGAAAUCUAUUAAGUUAAGAGGCAGCGGCUGAGAAGACCUCUCUGCAAGCCUUUGUGGGGCUCAGUUUGGUUUAAGUUACAACUGGGCAACAUCUUGGUGUCUAUGGCGUCAAGCGCUCUGGCUUUUGGCAACCAGCCAGGGGGAGAAAUCUCCAAAGUUAAGAAGUAGUCACUGAGAACACCUCUUUCUGUAACUUUGUGGGGCCUGAAAUGGUGGGGAGCUACAACUGGGCAACAACUCUGUAACUAUGAUGUCAAAUAUCAUCUCUCCAUGUAACUUGAUCCAGUAACCUCUCAUGCAAAUUGUCAAGGACAGCAUGACAUUUUGCAGAAGUCUGUGGGGGACCUCUUAAAUUCAUAAGGAGUUAACUGCAUGACUCAUUGUGGCCUUCUGUACCACGCAGAGUUCUCUAUAUAUGUUUCUGUACACCAUGUCACAAGCUCAUUGUAAAUUAUAUUUUGAUUUAUCACCUAACCAGGAAUAACCUUCUGUGUUGUCUCCAUAUAUCUUGGGGAAAUCUCCCCUAUACACCUGAGGGGACGCAUAAUGAUGAUGCACAGUCUGUUUUCUUCCUUUGGUGUUCUGUUGGCUCAGAUACUUUCUCUCCCAGAAAUUAUUGGGACCCGAAAAGGUAAUUCAGAGAAAUUCAUCCUUUGACUUACAGCUUUUCAGAAGUUCCACCUCAGUGUUUUCACGUUAUCAGUCACUCUUAUUUUCUUUCACAGGUUUACCAAUUCUGACAAGCAUUUCUGUGGUCAUGCCAUUGCUUCAGGUCUUUCUACUGCCCUUACUUCCUGAAAGUCCUAGGUAUCUCUUCAUUCAGAAGGAGGAUGAAAACAAUGCAAUAAAAGGUACUGGGACCUCUAGGUAUGGGCACCAUAAAGAGCUGUGAUAUCCCUUCAGGCUGACGAGACCUCAGGCACCUUUGGCCUGUUGCAUAAUUCAAUCUAGGAUUAUCAGAUCAUUUAUGUUGAUAAUCCUCUCAUUAAUAGAGGGUCAUCAACAGCCUUUCAUAACAAUGCACAUACAGCUGAUAUAUAAAUGUACUUUCCUUUCACACAACUAUUUAGGGAAUAAUAAUAAUAAUAAUAAUAAUAAUUUAUUAUGUAUACCCCAACCAUCUGUCUGUCAAACAUUAAAAGCUUCCCUAAACAGGGCCACCUUCAGUUGCCUUUUAAAAGUAAACUAGUUGUUUAUUGCCUUGACAUCUGACGGGAGGGCGUUCCACAGGGCGGGUGCCACUACCGAGAAGGCCCUCUGCCGGGUUCCCUGUAACUUGGCUUCUCGCAGUGAGGGAACCGCCAGAAGGCCCUCAGAGCUGGACCUCAGUGUCCAGGCAGAACGAUAGGGGUGGAGAUACUUCUUCAGGUAUACUGGACUGAGUCAAUGGUCAUUCAAUGGCUACUUGCAGUGAUGGCAGUAGUGUCAGAGUCAGUAUACCUCUGAAUAAAAGUUGCUGGGUAUCAUGAGUGGAAGAAUGUGGCUUCAAGCUACAAGAAAUGAAUUUCCGAAUUAAACGUUUGAAAAAACUUUCUGACAGCAAGAGCUGUUCGGCAGUGGAACAGACUCCCACAAGAGGUUGUGGGCUCUCCUGCCUUGGAGGUUUUUAAGCAGAGGCUGGAUGGCCAUCGGUCAUGGAUGCUAUAAACAUGACGAUCCAGCUGGAGUGAUUCAGUGCAUUAUGUUUAGGCUCUGAAAUAGAAAAAUAGUCUGCUUGUUUUUUAAAUCAAGUUUUCAAAAUUGCAUGCGGAUGUGUUCUGGGGUAGGGGGAGUGGGGGCAUUGUCAUCGUGUUGAUUGUCUCCAGUAAUGUAAAAAGGAAGCAGCUAAUAUCCUUUGUGGCAUGUAUGGAAGUAUGAAAAACAAGAGGAAUUCUAGGAACAAUGAAAUUAACAAAAAAUACUACACACAUGAUGUUGUGUAAUAGUUGUAACAAUUACAAAUACAGAAAGUAUCCCAAUACAAUUUCCUCAAAUACCACAAAUUUUUAUUAAGAGAUUCCCAAAAUUGUUUCUUUAUGGUUCUGAAUUACGCCCAAGCGUUCUAGAGAGAUUAAACCCUCCAGACUUCCCCUUUCCAACUUCUUUUCAAUCAAUCUGCUUAUUUAUUUAUUUUAGAAGUCACCCCUUUCGAAGUCUAAUCCUCUCUGCCUCUGUUCACACCCAGUACUGAAGAAGCUGCGAGACACUAGCGACGUGGACGAUGAGAUAGAAGAGCUCCAGCUGGAGGACAUAAUUGAGAAAGAUGAAAAGAACAUGGAUUCACUUAAGCUAAUGAUGACCCCAAGCCUAAAAUGGCAUGUCAUCCGCAUCUUCGUCUUGAUGGGUGGAGAGCAGCUUGAUGGCCUCAAUGCAGUAAGGAAAGCAAUAUCCCAAGUUGUUAGGAGGUUCAACCAUGUAAAAUGAGAAUGUAUUUCACAAAAAGGUUCAGAAGCACCAAUUGUCACUGCUUGUCUCUGGGAAUGGCCCAUGUUGAUGCACUCAGGGGCUGCUCUGUUUUCUAGAUUCUAUUCCAGGGAUCAAGACUAUCUAACCACCCUUAAGGGGAGGCCUGUGGCACACCUUGUGUUGGUGAAUCCCAGUUCCAAUCAACUCUAGACAGCAUGGCCAGUGAUAUAUAUCCUGACAACACCCAGGGUGCCUUAAGGUUUCCAUCUUCACCCUAGUGGAUGUCAGGGACUGACUGGAUGAGGAGGAGUGGGUGGAAACCACCUGACCAAGAGCCCCCCAGGGAAAAUGCAGAGGAAGAGGAUUUAGAUCUGGGAUCCUGGUGGUGAACAAAUAGACACACCUCAGAGGAGGGGAAGAGCUGGGGAGUACUGGAGACUGGGAGCUUGGAGGAGGAGGAGGAAAAGGAAGAAACAGGCAAGUGCCACAGCACAGAGCUAAGACAAGAAUCAGACUUAGCAGUUUCAUCACAGAGCCACCCUGACAGAUUUUCUGCUGACAGCCUGUGUGCCCCUACUCCCAGAACAAUGCAUCUAUUGCAUGUUACUGAGCACAGAGCCAGGCGGAAACAGAGAGCGUCCCUUGGGGCUCACCGUAGACAGAGGGAGGGGCCUGACACAGAGGGAUAGGGAGUGAAGUGGGAGAUACAAGCCAGUCUGAGCAACUGCUUCAACUAGACAGUAGCAAUCUCAGAAGUCUCCAUGUGUUCUCUGCUCUGCUUCCUUAAUUUUUAAAAAACUAACUGUAAGUGAGCUGUGUGUCACUGUCUUUCUCUGCUCUGUGAAUGACCUGACAGUGUAUCUACUGGGAAGAUGGCAUUGCCUAGGAUAGAGGCAGACUAUGGUCUUUCAGAUUUCAGUGGCACCCUGUGCAAGGUCAAAAUUCACCACCACUCCCCGCCUCUUGUUUUCCAUUCUGUGAAUGCACUACUUCAUAGUAAUGCCCUCCUCAGCUCAGCACCCGGUGUGGAGGAACUCUGCCUCUGCCUAAAAGUGUAUAGAUUUCACAGGUACAGAACACUAAAGACAUCAGGGUAAUGUAGAAUGAGGCAUCACACAGUUAGACAGAUUGGAAUGAUUCCUUUAAGUUUCUGAAAUGUUAAUGGUCUGACAUCUAAUGUGAGAUAACAUGAUUCCCACGUAUCAGAUUAACGUAUGGAUUGGAAUGCAAUGAUCUUUCAGGUUCUGCACUUGUUGAAAUUUUGCAAUAUGUUUCUCAGCUCAGAAAAAUGUACCAGGUGUUUAAAUAUGCAUCGAAAAAGGAAUAUUUGUGCAGAAAUGUCUGGUUUCCAAAUUAAUGCAGAAAUAGUACAGAACAGAUUUGUUAAUGAGCACACGUGAAGUUAAAAUGGAUGGGAUAUGAACUGAUAUGUCCAUUAUUUGACACAACAUCACCAUGUCUUGCAUUUUCCUGUUUCAAUUCAUUUUCUCAGCAUGAAGAGGGGGAAAUCAACAUGAUUAUGUUACAGAAUUAUAAAAUUAUGGAACUGUGGAGUUGGAUGAGGUUCCGAAGGUCAUCAUCCCCCUGCAAUGCAAGAGUCAUGGCUAAAGAGUCCCUGACAAAUGACUACCCAAUUCCUGCUUUAAAAGUUCCAAUGAAGGGAACUACCACCUUCAGAAAUACUGUUCCACUGUCAAACAGCUCUUACCAUCAGAAAGUUCUUCCUAAGAAUAAAAUAAUAGAACUGUAGAGUUGUUAGGGUUCUAGAGUUAUUUAGUCCAACACACUGCAAUCUCAACGAAAGAAUCCAUGACAGAUGGCAUCCAUGUUUAAUCAAAAUCCCCCUUUUAUCUUCAAAUAUCUAAAGGGCUGUCACAUCUAAGGUGGAGCAAGCUUGUUUCCUGCUACUCCAGAGGGUAAUACAAAUAACCCAUGUUAAUAGCUGCUUAUCUAAGGGCUCCAAGGGGUGGGUGUUUGCUGUCUGGCGUAGCCAUGCCACCAACACCAGGGGCGGUGGGGGCAGUGGCAUGGUUUCUGCGGCCAGAAGGGGGUCAAUUAAGCUUCACGUCCAGUUGUGUGAAUAUGAAGUGACAGGGCCCCAGGCCAAGGGCCAGUCAGGAGGGUCCAGAAGCCUUGGGCAUGUGUGGAGUGAUGCCUGGGCUCUGGUACUUUUACCCAAAUACUCCCAACCUGCCUUCCAUGCUCCAAGUCCUGGAUUUAUUCACAAGUGCACAUAUCCUUUACAUAUAAUGCUACUUCUCGUUCCUUCCUGUUUGAUUAGUUCAUACCCCUCAAUUACUAUAUUCCAACCACGAGUCUCAUCCCAUUAGGUUUCAGAAAUGCCUAUUAUAUUAUAUUUGCCCUCCUAUUUUAAGAGCUCAAGUUCAUCUUGUUUCUUUCCCGUGCUCUGUGAAUUAGUAUAAAGAAAACUGAAUCUACAAAUAAUUCUUUCCAGCUGCUUCCUUCUGCUUCCUGUGUAUUAGCAGAGGUUCCAGUUCCCUGUACAUCAAUGUCAUGUAACAAUCUUUGAGAAUUCUUGGACAGCAGAUUAGGUCCUUGCAAACUGCAAGUGGACAAACAUUGUACCCGUCUUCAAAAAGGGAAAAAAAAUAAGAUACAGGUAACUACUGACUAGUCAGCUUGAGGUUGAGACCAGGAAAGGCCCUAGAACAUUUAAUUAAAUGGUCAGUGUGUGAAUACUUAGAAAUGGGUGCUGUGAUGACUAAGACCUAGCCUGGGUUUCUAAAAAGAAAAGAAAAGAAGAAGGCAUGCUGGACAAUCUCAAUACCUUAUACAGAGAUAGUUGCAAACUUGGUGGAUCAGUGGAAAGCUGGGGACGUAGUAUAUCUUGAUUUCAGUAUGGCUUUUGACAGAGUCCCCCGUGAUAUUCUUGUGGAGAAGCUGGUAAAAUGUGGGCUGGAUGAGGUCACUUUUAGGUGGACUUGUAGCUGCUUGACUGACUAAUCCCAAAGAGUGCUCACCAAUGGUUUCUCAACAUCCUGGAAAAUAGUGACAAGUAAGAGCUGUUUCUGAUGGUAAGAGCUGUUGACAGUGGAAUGGGCUGUCUUGAGAGAUGGUGGGCUCUCCUUCCUUGGAGGUUUUUAAACAGAGGUUGGAUGGCCACCUGUUAAGAAUGCUUUAGCUGAGACUCCUAUAUUGCAGGUCGUUGGGCUACAUGACCCUGGAAGUCCUUUCCAACUCUACAGUUCUAUGAUUCUAUGUCAUAUAUUUGUUUUACUCUGCUUUUUGGGCAAUGAUGCAGUUCAGGGGAUACCUAGUUAACAUCAUCACUUUAGACUUAGAUUUUGCAAAGGAGGAGAACCAAGUCAGGAGUCUCUUCUCUUUGGUCCCUUCCAACGCUACAGUUUUAUGAUUUGAUGUUGAAUUAUUUUCCAUCUUUGUCAGUCACUAAAAUUAAGUCAAGUACGGCAGGCAUAUGAGGAAAACGACAACUCUGAAGCACAAGACUUCCUACUUAAAGUGUCGAGUCAAUUAUACAGAGGAACCUAAAUUAAAGGACUUCUAGGUUAAGAGCAGCUGACAUCCAGAAAAGAACAACAGCAACUAAAAUAACCAGAAAACGAACUCUAGGAUUUCUCAGAAUCCCAGGUCACCAUCAUUGUGCUUCUUCCCCUCACCUAACACUUUUUAUUGUGAUGGUCUGAUUUCAGGCAUACUAUUAUAAAGAGAGAAUCAUCUCGCCUACAAAGUCAGAUAUUGCGGAAAUACAUCUACUUUUGAUAAUCGGAAGCACUGUUUAUUCCUGUGCAAUUGCGUUAUCGGUAAGUCUCCUCUACCUUUCCUCUCACUUUCUAAGUCUUGAAAAUCACUCUUCUUCAAUAGACUGAUCCUCACUGCAACAUUCUAUAUCUUUUCUGCAAUAUUAUUUUCUGUGCAGCAGCUCUCCCACUCUCCCACAAACCUGGGAAUUGUAGUUUUAUGGGGUUUUCUAACUAUUCUUUCUAAGACAGGCAUGUCCAAAGUCCGUUUCAGGGGUCUAAUCUGGCCCACCGGUCAGUUUAAUCUGGCCCUUGUGGCAGUUUAUUUCCUGGGGUAAAAUCCUAAAAAAAGCUCAACAGCUUCAAUCCUAAAGAAAGGUCAACAACUUUGGUUGGCCCUUUGGUCGUCCCUCACGCAUGUUCAGUUCAUCAAAUCUGUCCCUCUUUGAAAAAAGUUUGGACACCCCAGUUCUAAGAGAAGCCCUUAGAUUUAAACAGAUUGCAUGGCUCCAUGCUUUACUUGGAACUGUCCCAAGGGUUUUUUAAAAAAUACUUUGCAUGUGCGUGUGUUAGAAGAAGCAAGAGCUCCUGUCUUUAUGUACUUUAUUCUGCUGCAUUUGGCUCCAAGCCAAAGGCCAAGUGGAACAACUCUGUCCUACAGGCCCCGCGGAAAGAAAUCAGAUCCUGCAGGGCCCUGGUCUCAUGAGGCAGAGCGUUCCACCAGGCCGGAGCCAGUGUUGAAAAGGCCCUGGGUCUGGUUGAAGCUAAUCUAACUUCCUUAGGGCCUGGGACCACUAGGGUGUUGCUAUUUGAGGCUCUCCAUGGGGCAUACCGGGAGAGGCAGUCCCGUAGGUACAAGGGUCCUAGGCUGUGAAGGGCUUUAAAGGUCAAAACCUUUUUUGGUUUUGAUAUAUCACCCCUAUCUUACUAUCAUAGAACUAUGAUUCCUAAAAGUCCUCUGGAAAAGGGAAUUAAUAUUAGACCAGUUUAAGUCUGUGAUACAGAUGUAUCCAUGUGGCUACAACCCUAUACCUCUGGAGUAGCCAACAAGCUGCUCUCUAGAUGCUGUUGGAAUACAAAAAGUGCUUUAUUUCUAUGAAAAAGCUGCCGGUACACACCAUGCCCCCUAUCUCCCCCACCUCCACCCGGCUGCCAUUUGCAUGCCCUCCUGCUUGCUCCCUCCCCCUUUGCCUGAGACUGCGUCUGCCACUGCCACUGCCACUACUUCCUGCAGUGGCAGGCACAGCCUCCCAGAGGCACUUUGUCCUCCUACUUCACCGCUUCCCACAGUGGCACUUUGGCGUGACCACUUUUACGAUCAUCAAAGCGUACCUGGCAAUCAUAAAAAUGUUGCGCCAAAGCGCCUCUGCUAUGGUGAGACCUUCUUACGAUUGCCAGGCACCUUCCUCGAAGGCGUUUUGGCAACUAUUCAACUUUAGUCAGGCCACACCUGGAAUACUGUGUCCAGUUCCGGGCAUCACAAUUUAAGAAAGAUGUUGACGAGCUGGAAUGUGUGCAGAGGAGGGUAACUAGGAUGGUCAAGGGUCUAGAAGCCAAGUCUUGUGAGGAACGGUUGAAGGAGCUGGGUAUAUAUAGCCUGGAAAAGAGGAGACUGAAGGGAGAUAUGAUAGCCAUCUUCAAGUAUCAGAAGGAUGGAGCAAACUUGUUUCCACCUGCUUUGGAAGGUAGGACUCAAACCAAUGUCUUAAAGUUGCAGGAAAGGAGAUUCCAACCAGACAAACGAUUAUUUCCCCCCCCCCUGACACUAAGAGCUGUUCGAUAGUGGAACAGUCUCCCUCAGGAGGUUGUGGACUCUCCUUCCUUGGAGGUUUUUAAGCAGAGGUUGGCUGGUCACCUGCCAAGGAUGCUUUAGCUGAGAUUCCUGCAUUGUAGGGGGUUGGACUGGAUGAACUUGGGGUUCCUUCCAACUCGUAGAUUCUGUGAUUCUAUGAUUCUAACUGUAAAAGGGUCUCACAUCGGGAAGUUGUGGCAGCAGGAUGGUGGGGGAAGAGGUGGUACAUACAGCCUCAAAAGAAGCCCUGAAGACAACUUACACCAUUCCUUACUAUUGGCCCCGAUAGCUAGGGUCGAUGGGAGUUGUAAUCUCACUACACAUGAAAGGUAUUUUGUUGGCCAGACAUGCUACAUAUGCUUACCUGGGAUCAGAAGGGCUUAUCUCUGAGUGGAUAUGUAGAGGAUUGCAUUGUAAGUCUUAGCUUCAGGUUCUUUUUCAUUUAAGAGCCUUGACCCCCGACUGUGGUUGUCUAGACACAAAUUCAGUAUGCCACGCUUCAAAAUCUGCUGCUCAUGUAUGCAUUCAUUCUCAAUGAAGGGUGUGAAUAAGCCCCAAGUAACUCUGUCUUAAAAAAAAUAGCAACUGUUUACUGUUUUGCCCUAUGCUGCCUCUGCUUUGAUUUGUAAUUCAGGUUCUGGGCAAAACUGUCCAAAACAAAGCUCUCCCAUUACCCAUUUGCUAUAACAGGGAACAAAAAAAAAAAAUAAUAAUAAUCAGAUGCCAAUUUUCCUCUUUUGACCAAAAUUAUGAAAAUUUAUGGAACAGGAGCCCCUCCAGAGUGAAUGAAGCCUGUUUUUCGACUACAGCUCCCAUCAUCACUAGCUAGCAGGACCAGUGGUCCCAAACCAGCUGGAGGCCCUAGUUUGGGGAACACUGUUUUAAUGUACUGUUGUAACACCUAGGGUCCCUCUUUCUUGUCUCUAUAUUCUCUAGAUGUAUCUGGCUGAUUCUAAGGGGCACAAGUUUCUGCUUCUCGUUGGCUCUGGGAUCUGCAUCGUGACCUGUAUCAUGUUAACCAUGUCACUGGAUUUAAUGGUUUGUAGUUGGUAGAUUUCGAGCUGAGAAUCAUUAAAUAGUUUGUCGUUUGGCCCUGUCCCCCCUCCAUCUUUAAUCUGUAUCAUGCAAAAGCUCCAAAGCCAAUGUUUAAGUUGGCUGUAGAUGUGACAGGACAUUUCUUUAAGAAUAAUAAAAACAAGGCAUACGAACGGAGGCAUGGACAUCCUUCUGAUUGGUACAUCUGUAGAAGGAGACUUGAGAGAAAAGUUGCAUUGGAUUUUUAACCUUCAGCUGAAUUUUGUACAAAGUCUUUAAGUGAAUGAAUAAGAACAUAGUUUCCCAUUGACAGAUGUUUCGUGUGAAAGUUACACAAAUGUUAGAUUCAGAGGCAAGAGAGGCCUCCUUCAUUCUAUGGGUCAACAGUCAGUGUGGUGUAGUGGUUAAGAGCGGUAGACUCAUAAUCUGGGGAACCGGGUUCACGUCUCCGCUUCUCCACAUGCAGCUGCUGGGUGACCUUGGGCCAGUCACACUUCUUUGAAGUCUCUCAGCCCCACUCACCUCACAGAGUGUUUGUUGUGGGGGAGGAAGGGAAAGGAGAAUGUUAGCCGCUUUGAGACUCCUUUGGGUAGUAAUAAAGCGGGAUAUCAAAUCCAACAGUUCUAUGGAACAAACAGUGGUAACUGGAAAUAUGGGAGCUUACCUCACAAAUGUCCCGUUUCGAACGAGACAUCCCAGAUUGACUCUAGUUUCACUAGAACGUGGGACCCAAAGACACAGGUUUUUUUGGUCCCACACUGUGGUGCGAGUCAGUUGACUCGCAGCGGAGUGUGGGACAAAAGAACAGAAUGGCCGAUGUACUUAUGGAAGCUGGUGCCACACUUCUGGGAUUUAACCCAACAGGGACCCAAAGAGUGCAAAACCAAAAGGGACAUAUCCUUUGGUUGCACAUUCUUUUGUUUCCACACCUUCACUGGCUGUCCCCCACCCUACCCCCCGGCACUGCUGGUAUGCAAGCGGGCAGCAGGUGGCAGGAUGGUGGAGGUCUGUAUGUGUCCCUAAUUGCCCUCCCAAAAUGUGGGGGGGGGUGGAAAGUAGUAUGUGUGACAGCCCUUUAGGUGUUGCUGCAUUCCUAUUCCCAUCAGUCUCAAUCAAGCAUGGCCAAUGGUUAGGAAUGUUGUGUGGCAAGGUCCUGAACCCUCCCUGAUUGUAGAAUAAAGACACUUGACACCAGAAUUUAGGGUAAUGGGCUGAAAAAGGCCACAACUUUAUUGGUUACCGAAUGUGAGCAGUAUUGGCUUAGGCAUUGGAACCAAUGACUAUAUCUGACUCCUGCCCACCUGCAGGGAGUCUAAUAAGGGUUAACCACCGAUAGGCGGAGCCCUGUUGAUGCACAUCAACUAGGAAUUUCCCCAGGGUCACCGAUAGGGGUCGUGCUAUCGGACACGCCCCCCCAGAUUCCUUUAAUGGAAUACCCUUGAAAUAUGAGGGGUAGGUGAUGGCCGCCACCUCCCACCAAAUACUCCAAUGCCUUACCACCAAAUCUUACAAAAUUGUGAGGAUUUGCUACGAGGUAGGCGAAAAGCCAAGUGGCUGGUGCCAAUUUGCCAAGUGGAAAAAAUUCCUACCAGGCCCCUUCAACAGGCAACUAACUGAGGUUCAUAGCAAGGUCAAAGGAUAAGGACCUAACCUUAGGGAGGGAGGGAGAACUGCACAAGUGGGAGAAAGGUAAAAGAGAGCGAGAGCCUGGCCGCAGCUUGUUUAAAUGGGCUGAGCCAUGCCCCCCUUGGCCGAACGGACUGGCUGAUAUAAAGUGACGCAGCCAGGAGCUCCCUGUGACUCAGAGCUACCUAAGCCCUGUCUUCAUGGGUCAGGCUCAUGAUCUGCUCGCAAAGUCAACUCCCUGCGAGGAGAAUCGGCUUUGCAAAUUGUGGUCCAACAAAAUAUGGAGGGCACCACGAGGACUCCACCUGGAAAUUUCACUAGCAGCUUGUUCACAUUUAAGCUUGAUCACACCUACAAUCCAAGAAUUGCAGAGCUGGAGGGGCCACAAGGGUCAUCUUUUCCAACCCCUUGGAAUGCAGGAAUCUUUUGCCCAUUGGGGAAUCCAUGUUUCCUCCGUUAGAAUUUAGCCUCCUUAGUAUGCACACAGGGAGAUUUUCAGCUGGAGCUGAAGACCAAAUCUGACUCUUUUCAUUUGUACCAGUAGGUGUUGCCUUUUGCCUUGUCCCCCAUCUUCCAGUCUGCAGAUUCAAAUUUUAUUUUUCACAAACAGUGCAUGUGUUAAGGAAUCAGUUGAGCAGUAGACAUGCCUUUUAAAAUAAACUGUGUCCAAAGCACACAUGCAGGAAUUCCCAAGUCAAUAUAACCUUUGCAUGGGCACCUUUUGUUUUAUUUUCAAUCUUAAAAUAAAAAAAAAAUAGGCAAAAUAGGCAUUUCCCGUUCUAACACAGGAAGAUGGUUCUGGUGGAAAUCAAUAGAGUCAUAUAAUUUGAAAUCAGCAGGAAAGCAUUAAUCAGGAAAAUCUGGAGAAAUACAGUGGUACCUCUGGUUACGAACUUAAUUCGUUCCGGAGGUCCAUUCUUAACCUUGAAUCUGUUCUUAACCUGAAGUACCACUUUGGCUAAUGGGGCCUCCCACUGUUGCCCCACUGCCACCGUGCAAUUCCUGUUCUCAUCCUGAGGUAAAGUUCUUAACCCGAGGUACUACUUCCGGGUUAGCAGAGUCUGUAAUCCGAAGUGUUUAUAACCCGAGGUACCACUGUAAUUGUUUUUCUGUAUUUAAUUGUUGUUGUUGUUUUAAAACAUAAGAAGACAAAAAUAUACUGCUGCAGAGAUUUUCAAAAAUAGGCACUACCCAAAAUAAAACUGGCACCAUGAUGGUGCAAGGUGCAUGGGAAGGAUAGUAGUCAGAACGGAUGCUUCAUCUCAUAGGUAAAAAGAGAGAGGAAAUGUGCCCAUUAUCUUAAGUUUUUCAAAACUUAUUCAAUUCACCUUGAAUUGGUGGGCGAGGGGGGAGGGAAUCCAGAUGUUCAGGGAGGAAACUCAUGGAAAAUGAGCUGGUGGACAAUCCUACCUUAAUUGGAACACAAACAUUUCAAAUGCACAUUAAACUCAGCUAUGGACAAUAAACAUGACCUGCUUUCUCCAACAGAAAUAUAUCCCACAUAUGGUGCUUGUAAGAAAAGUUUUGGAAAACAUAUUCAUCUUUGGACAUGGUAUAGGGUCAGGUAAGUGCUUAGAUGAUAUUAUUAUUAUUAUUUGUUGUUGUUAUUUAGUCAUUUAGUUGUGUCCGACUCUUCGUGACCCCAUGGACCAGAGCACGCCAGGCACUCCUGUCUUCCACUGCCUCCUGCAGUUUAGUCAAACUCAUGCUGGUAGCUUCAAGAACACUGUCCAACCAUCUCGUCCUCUGUCAUCCCCUUCUCCUUGUACCUUCCAUCUUUCCCAACAUCAGGGUCUUUUCCAGGGAGUCUUCUCUUCUCAUGAGGUGGCCAAAAUUAUUAUUAUUAUUAUUAUUAUUAUUAUUAUUAUUAUUAUUAUUACACCACCCUUCAUCCAUAGAUCUCAAGGUGGUUCAAAACAUAAAAAUACAAGAUAAAAACAUAAUAUGCACAACAUAUGUUAAACACAUUUAAAAGGCUAUAGGAUGUUAAUCAGCCAAAGGCCUCAUUGAAGAGGAAUGUUUUUUUUCCUGGAAACUAGAACUUGGGUGUCAUUCUUCAAGAAACAUUUCCGCUUUCAGUGUUCCAACAUAGGUUACUUAUAUUUUUAAGUUCAAUGUUCAGGAAUGCAUGGAGGCUCUGUACACUGAAUAUUACUGCAAGAGCUGAAAAAUGCAGGUUAUACAUAGUUCCAUUAACAAGUUGUUUCAAAACCUGUGCAAUCCAGGGAAAGCAUUCGGUCAGGAGAGAAAAGUGCUAAGUGACUAACAAUGCUGUAAAGGCAGAUAUGGUGCUUGCUGUGCUAGAAGGACAGGUUUGCUUAUUUAUGGUCUUUGCAUUGUGUUCUUUAGAUGAUAUGAAAGAUAUGAAUGCAGUAGAUAAUCUAGUGAGUCAAAUAAAAUAAAAGUGGUAUUCAAUGCCCUAAAUCAUUUCUGUCUACCAAGGUUCUAUUUCAUCUGUAAUUGUGGUAGAGCUGUUCCUUCAGUCAUCCCGGGCCUCAGCAUUUGCGAUUGCAGGAUUUGUGCAUUGGCUCAGUAGGUUUCUUAUAGAAUUCAUAUUCUUUUACAUUGAGGUGAGUCGUCUUGAAUUUCCGUUUGGUCGUAAGUGCGGUAAAAAAAGCUCAGCCCCUUAUCGCACCAUUAUUGUUUCCCCAAACCCACAAAUGAAGCCAUACCCUUGAAGUUAUUUAUUUGCCAUUAUUUCUACCCUUCCCCCAAUCCAGCCAGUGUGUUUUGUUAAAGUUGAAUGUUAAAUCAUACCAGGAAUCUGCAUAUUUUCCAAUCAGGUUCAGUGCAGUGAUGGGGAAACUCUGCCCUUCCAGACGUUGCUGGACUGCACCUCCCAACAUCCCUGGGUACACCAUCCUGAGAUGAUGAUGAUCAUCAUCAUCAUCAUCCCCUGCCCAUCUGACUGGGUUGCCCCAGCCACUCUGGGUGGCUGGUAUAUUAAUUGAAUUAAUAAUAAUAUCCAUGCGAACACCAGCACCUUCUGCUCUGCCACGAAUUGUUUAGUCAUAGGAAAGAGAUAUAUUCUGCUGGAAGUGGCACAGAGUGGCUGGGGAAACCCAGAUGGGUGGUGUAUAAAUAAUAAAAUUAUUUAUUUAAGGAGAGCAACUCUGCAGAUGCUUCUCCAGAGGAGGACCUGCCUGUAAUCUCUGCCUGCAUUAUUGACCCACACAGUCAAACUCUUUCAUGCGCUCUUUCAGUGUCCCGGACAGAGCCCAUGGUGCCUCCUAAGACAAGAAAGCCAUAGCUGGCUUCUUUGGGUGGAAUUGCCGAUGGACUUGUAGCAAGCAAGCAGGAAGGAGCCAACCCUGAAUGCGCACAAUAACGUAGAGCAAAACAGGGAUAGGUCAACCUGGGUUAGGUGGGUGGGGAGCUGGUCCAAAAUGCACCACUGAUCUUAAACUGCCACUUGUGGCAAAUUUCUGGAGGUCUGGUCUUGAGCUCCUUGAAGGGUAAACUCCAAAAGAAUAUGUGUGUGACAAAUAAAUAACCAAGAUUCUGUUUCUUUCCUUCCUUCCUUCCUUCCUUCCUUCCUUCCUUCCUUCCUUCCUUCCUUCCUUCCUUCCUUCCUUCUGCCCCCUUUUUGUUCCAUCUCUAGGCAAGUAUGGGAGCCUAUAUCUUUCUUCUCUUCUGGCCUGUCUCUGUAGCUACCUUUUUCGUUAUCUUCAGGAUUAUACCAGAAACAAAAAUGAAGGCCUUUGUACAGAUCAGGAGAUCCAUGCUGAUCCCGAAGCCCAGGAAGAAACAUACCAAGAAGAGGAACAUCAACUAAAAACUCAGGAAGCAUCCUAUGCAGUUUAUUUCGUUGUUUGUGUAUAUAUUAAAUAGCUUUUUUAAAUAAAUGAAAUUAUUC